AUGACAGUUGGAGUCACUAAAAGAGUAAAACCAAUUCCACCAGAUCGUGGAUCAUUCCCCUUGGAUCACGAAGGAUUAUGUAAGGAAGAUAGUAAAAAAUACCUUGAUUGUAUAAGAGUUAAUAAAGGAAAUUCAGCAAACUGCACAAAACUGGCCUCAGUUUACCUAAAAUGUAGAAUAGAUAACGGACUUUUAGCUGAAGAACCACUCACAAACUUCGGUUUUAGAGCAAAAGAUAUUUCUGGAGAUAGUCCAAAUAGAGUUGUGGAUACAGAAACAGAACUAAAACCAAGAUACGAAAGAAAGGAGAACAAAGGAUUUAUAGCAGGAACGUCCGUAGUUGAUGGAUAUAUAAAUGACCAGUCGAUUCUAUCUAAACUUCUUUCAAGUCACUACUGUGACCGUCUAUCGCACUUAAUAUACCGUAUACACUCAUCACUAGACUAUAAACUAAAGUUUAUAUUAUCAACAAAACUGUUUAACUUUAAGGAACAGCUCGAGUCUGAGGAAGUAUGCAGACAGAUAAUCACAGCCUUGGAUCCAGAGUUUAUCUAUAUUCUGUUAAGGUCCUCUACAAUUUUUAAAAUAAUUGGACUGGAACUGUCAAACAUGUUACUGCAUAGCAGAGAUUCAGCAAAACACAUGAGGAAGAUUGUUGCAUACAUAUCAAAUAUCAUUAGUGAGAAUUUGCGUAGAAAGGAGUUUAAAUGGGAUUCAUCAACGAGGGCAAUAUCUGAGGAAAUCGGAGAGUCUGAAACAGUAUGGAUAAGACUGAUUUAUGAGUCACUAUCAUGUCUUUUAAAGUUGUCAGAGCAUUUGAGUUCAGAUUUUGUAUUCAAAUAUUCAAAUACAGUGAAUGUAAAUGAGAUGGAAGAAUCAAUAGAAUACCUGAUACACGACAUGUUUGACAUUUCAUUGACAAACAAAGAUGAUAAAAAACAAUAUUCUGUACAAAUUAGGGAAGGAGCUAAAGAGUUUGAUUGUGUGUUGUGUGACUUGUUGUCAAAAAAGGAGUUCAAAGAGGAACAUUCUAGAUUGAUGGAACUCUAUAAGGAUUUGAAUUCACUAGCAGAAGCACAUUUACAGGAAUUGGAUUUGGCAGAUUCUGAAGUGCCUGUUACAGAGUGUUUAGAUUCGACUAGAACAAAACUUUUCAAGGUUCUCGAUGGUCUAUUAGACUCACUUUUGGAAGAUUUAAAAGAAAAGCAAGAGGGAGUUUUGCUGAACUUAUCCUGCAUUGAGCUAUUAGUAAAGUUGAUUCCCCAGGAUAACAAACUUUCAGUCUUUGAAAAGUGUAUUAAAUCAAAUAAUUUCGACGUCUUGAAGCUCUUGAUUCAUUAUUUAAAUGACUCGAGUUGUGAAAGUGAAGUUGAUGGUGAGAAUAAAAAGUCGUUUGAGAUGAAUUUAUUGGUGAGUAAGCGUUGUUUAGAUAUAUUGGACACCAAAAUAACCAGGGAAAAUAUGUCUUAUUUGCUGAAUUUCUUAGUAAUUUGUAUUCAAAAGAAGGUGAUAGGUUUGAAUAAAGAAACUUGUGGAGGAUUUUUAAAGCUUGCAAAGAGGUGUGAAGUUGAGAUUCAUUUGACUUUGGAUGAAGUGUUAAGAAUUGAAAAUAGUUUGGUAAGCUCAAGUCCAUUUGAAGCAUUAGAAGGAGUAAUGACAUCAAUUUCAGAGUUUAUUGAACCGUUUGAAAAAAUGGAAGAAUUUUUCUCCGUGUUCCACAGAACAAUACAACUUCUUUUUGACUUUUUUGAUCAACUAAAUAGUUCUAAAUACCGAAAUUCAAGUUCAACUGAGAGCUGUAAACAUUAUAGUGUUAGACUUUUAGGAUGUUGGAUGACUCUGGAACCAACCCAUUAUAAGAAUCAGUACUUGUCAAAACUGAGUAAAAUAAUUGAAUGUAUAAGUGAAUUUGACUUCAUCUGGCUACUCCCGUCAUUUAACUAUAUUGACGCCUCCGACAUUUACAGUGUGGACGGGCUUGCAAAUGUAUUGAUUAAGCUGAUUUUUGGUCUAUUAAAGUUCGAUGAAAAAAGUGGGACUUGCAAAAGGUCUAUUAAAAUGUUAUGUGAACUUGUUACAAGGAUACACCUGGACCCGUUGGUGGACUAUGAGCUUUUCCUUAAGAGAAUAAACUGUAAAUUACUGAGUGAAUAUGGGACAGAAUUAUGUGAAAUCAGGCAAGAAAUUAAAAUACCAGAUUGUAUCCUCGAAAGUGGUAAGUUUUCUCCAAGUAAUCCAGUGGAAUUCUUGGCUCCAAUAACAGUGAAUUUGGAAAACUCCGACAGUUAUAGACUUCUAUCAAAGUCUCUAAUGAAUCUUCUAUAUAACUUAUGUAAAAACUGUGGAGAUGAGUGUAUAAAGGGGUUUUUUGGAGGAAACCAUGAUUUAAACAAGUUUAUAAAAGCAUUGCUCGAUGAUCAAGAGUUUAGUGAUGAAUUUGAACUCAUAUUCUUGGCAACACUGGCUUGUGGAUCAUGCAUUGUCAGAGUAACUGAGAACACAGGAUUGAAACAUUUGGGAAGCUCAUUACUGAUUCUAGUCAUGGAAUUGGUCAUUUUUUUCUUUGUGCACACUUCACCAAGAGUACCAGGAGAUUAUUUGGAGGAUCUAGAAAAGAUUUCACACUAUAUGUCACUGUGUAGAGUAUCAUUACUGCUGAUGAACAAUUACAGAAACUUCUCGAGCCUAUUUCAAUACUCAAUUAAGAAGAUUCAAUUGAGGAUACCAAAGCCUGUAAAGGAAGAUUUUGAGGCAUCAAUUGAAGAAGGCAUAGUAUCUGAAGAAGAUCUUAGCAUUUGUGAAUUAAUGAGUUCAUAUGUGUCAAACAUAUUAUCAUAG